AUGGUUCUUCGCCCUCCGCUCGGUCAGCUAGAAGCGACCGGCUUGCCAACCUCGAGAGAGACUCCCAAGGAAGAGGCCGACAAUUGGCUCGCUGACGAGAGCGCAAUCAAAUUCACCCGCAAGAUACUCUUGCCAGGCCUUUCUCGGGGGUUCGAUCAUGUGCAUUCCACAGCCGACGGUUCGGUUUGCCUACUUGUCGUGGGAACUGCUUUGAUCAACGCCGCCCUGUCGGUCAAUACUCUCGUUUCGUCGGCGUCAUUUGACUUGACCAAGACCUACUUCAUUCUCAGCGGAAUCGCAGGGGGGAACCCCAGACUGACCACACUUGGAGGAGUCGCCUUUGCUCGGUUUGCUGUUCAGGUCGAUACGCAGAUGGAAUGGGACUCGAGAGAGAUGCCAUCGUCGUGGAAGGCGGGAUACGUCCCCAUGGGUGCCCACACGCCCGACUCGUUCCCGCUCGGCGUUCACGGCUCUGAGGUCUACGAGCUCAAUGACAACCUUCGACAGAUAUCCAUCGAGUUUGCCCGGCAGGCGACCCUCGAAGACUCGAAGAGGGCGGCCGCCACCCGGGCUGAGUAUGCCGGCUCCCCCGCCAUUCUGGAGGGGGAUGUGCUCUCAUCCAACACCUUCUGGCACGGCUUCUACCUCUCCGAAGCCAUGGACAAUGUCACCAAAGUCUACACAGCGGGCAAGGGCAGGUACGCCAUGACGGCCCAGGAAGACACGGCAAUCCUCACUGCACUGCUGAGAGCGGCCCUCCUGGGGAAAGCGGACUUCUCGCGCAUCCUACUCAUGCGAGCUGCGGCCAACUUUGACCGUGAGCCCACUAUGGACGUGCCUCCCCAGCUACCCUGGGUCAUGGAUAGCGGGGGUUUGGUGCCAGCGGUGCGGAACUUGUACAACACUGGUGUCAAGAUCAUUAACGGCAUCUUGGCUGGCUGGUCUAAGAGGUUCGAGGAGGGCAUCGAACCAGACAACUACAUCGGCGACAUUUUCGGCUCCCUCGGUGGUACCCCAGGUUUUGCACCCGGUGGCCUGGGAAAUUCUGGCAGUGCAUGCAGUGCCAAUAAACCUCUGGAACCUUUGGUAGACUAA